ACACAGCUAUUCAGAUUAUGCAUCAAAUUGGCUUUUUAAACAAAUGGAAAUGAACAACAGUUAAAAUAACAAAGAUUUUUAGAAAGACCUCUGUGUGCUGUAAAGCAUGUAUGCAAAGCUCAGUGACAAAAGGUUUAAGACGCAUGAGCCCUCUAUGGCAAGUACAUUGGAAGGAGGAGUUGCAGGCUCUAAAACCCAGAUAAACUCAUAUAUUUGGACCCAGAACUGCCGGGAAACUCGGAAGAGAAACUGAUUGGAAGACUAUUGCUAUAAAAGUGGAACCCAUUCUUCUGCAACAUCAUUAAUUAAAAAUAAAUACGCAAAUAAAUUAUCGGCAACAUAAUGACUGAUCUUGGUGCUUUUUGAAUCUCUGGAUGAUUUUAUUCUUUAGGAAUUACUAUUGACAUUUUUCUAUCCCUUUUAGUAUAUAUUUGUACAUAAAAUAUAACUGGACAGUUCAGGUUUCAUAUUGUUUAAUAAUAUUAUUGAAUGUUAAAACACUUCCCAAGGAUGAGUGCAGAAGGAUACCAGUACAGAGCUUUAUAUGACUACAAAAAAGAGCGGGAAGAAGACAUUGACUUGCAUGUAGGGGAUAUAUUAACUGUGAAUAAAGGUACCUUACUAGCACUUGGAUUCAGCGAAGGGGAAGAAGCAAAGCCUGAAGAAAUUGGUUGGUUGAAUGGCUUUAAUGAAACCACAGGGGAGAGGGGUGACUUUCCAGGAACAUAUGUAGAGUACAUUGGAAGAAAAAAGAUUUCUCCUCCAACUCCAAAGCCUCGUCCUCCACGACCCCUUCCUGUAGCACCAAGCCCUGCAAAAGUUGAAGCGGAGUGUGAACAACAAGCUUUUGCACUUCCAGAUCUCACAGAGCAGUUUUCACCCCCUGAAGUGGCUCCAUCGUUCCUUAUCAAGAUAGUGGAGGCUAUCGAAAAGAGAGGUCUGGAGUGUUCCACUUUGUACAGAACUCAAGGGUCAAGCAGCUCUGCAGAAUUAAGACAAAUUCUUGAAUGUGAGCUGUCUUCAUUGGAUUUUGACACAAUUGACUUGCAGACCUUAUCAGAUGCUCUCAAGAGAUAUCUCCUGGACCUGCCAAAUCCAGUCAUUCCAGCAUCUGUGUACAGUGAAAUGAUUUCUGUAGCUCAAGAAGUGCAGAGCUCAGAGGAUUAUGUUCAGUUGCUGAAGAGACUCAUCAGAUCUCCAAAUACACCUCCCCAGUAUUGGCUCACCCUUCAGUAUUUACUGAAACAUUUCCUCAGACUUUGUCAAGCCUCCAGCAAAAAUCUUCUGAAUGCAAGAUCCCUCGCUGAAAUUUUUAGCCCUCUACUUUUCAAAUUCCAGAUAUCAAGCUCUGAUAAUGCUGAGCACCACAUAAAAAUCCUAGAUGUUUUAAUCACAAGUGAAUGGAAUGAAAGACAACCUGUACCAGCAUUGCCUCCUAAACCCCCAAAACCUAGUACUGUAACUAACAACGGUAUGAAUAACAACAUGUCAUUACAAGAUGCUGAAUGGUACUGGGGAGAUAUCUCAAGGGAGGAAGUAAAUGAGAAGCUUCGAGACACUGCUGAUGGCACCUUUCUAGUACGAGAUGCUUCUACAAAGAUGCAUGGAGACUAUACGCUCACACUAAGGAAAGGAGGAAAUAACAAAUUAAUCAAAAUAUUUCAUCGAGAUGGGAAGUAUGGCUUUUCUGACCCAUUAACUUUCAACUCUGUGGUUGAGCUAAUAAACCACUACCGGAACGAGUCUCUAGCCCAGUAUAAUCCUAAACUGGAUGUAAAAUUACUUUAUCCUGUAUCCAAGUAUCAGCAGGAUCAAGUUGUAAAAGAAGACAGUAUUGAAGCAGUGGGAAAGAAAUUACACGAAUAUAACACUCAGUUCCAAGAAAAGAGCCGAGAAUAUGACAGGCUCUAUGAAGACUACACCAGAACAUCUCAGGAAAUUCAGAUGAAAAGAACAGCUAUUGAAGCAUUUAAUGAGACCAUAAAAAUAUUUGAAGAGCAGUGCCAGACACAGGAAAGAUACAGCAAGGAGUACAUUGAGAAAUUUAAACGGGAAGGAAAUGAAAAAGAAAUACAAAGAAUUAUGCACAACUAUGAAAAACUGAAGUCUCGAAUAAGUGAAAUUGUGGACAGCAGACGCAGACUGGAAGAGGAUUUAAAGAAACAAGCAGCUGAAUAUAGAGAGAUUGACAAACGUAUGAACAGCAUUAAACCAGACCUCAUACAACUGAGAAAGACAAGAGACCAGUACUUGAUGUGGCUAACUCAAAAAGGUGUUCGACCAAAGAAGUUAAAUGAAUGGCUUGGGAAUGAAAAUACUGAAGACCAAUACUCCAUGGUGGAAGAUGAUGAAGACUUGCCCCAUCAUGAUGAGCGAACGUGGAAUGUAGGAAAUAUCAACAGAAGCCAAGCUGAAAAUUUGCUGAGGGGAAAACGGGAUGGAACAUUCCUUGUUCGGGAAAGCAGCAAACAAGGCUGCUAUGCCUGCUCUGUGGUGGUGGAUGGCGAAGUAAAGCACUGUGUGAUAAACAAAACGCCAACUGGGUAUGGAUUUGCAGAGCCAUAUAAUUUGUACAACUCCCUCAAAGAACUGGUGCUACAUUACCAGCACACAUCCCUUGUGCAGCACAAUGACUCCCUCAAUGUCACACUAGCCUACCCGGUAUAUGCACAGCAGAGGCGAUGAAGACCUUGAUACCUGGGUUUUUUUAAAAAAAAUGCAACAACAUUGAGGCCUCAGGAGAGAGAGAAGGCUCCUUUCAACUUAAGUGAUGAAGUUGAGCUGCAGUAUCAAAGCUGUCUGUCUUCAGAUGGAACUAGAGCUUUCUUCGCAACUGCAGAGGGAGAGAUCACAGUAUUAAGCUGUGAAUGAAUGUUUCUAAUCUAAAGUGCUUUUUAUUAAGAGAAAAACACGAAAGAAAGAAAUGCUAAACCUGUCUCCCUGCAGGGACAUAGAGGCCUUUAACCAUGGUGCUUGUUUACGAUCUCUUUGAAGCUUUACCAGCUAAAAUGUUGGAUUCUGCAGAGCCACGGUGUAACAGGUCUUUGUAAUUCAGUUAACGGAAUUUCUCGGCAGUGACCUGGUUCGGAUUUGGUGUUACAGUACUCAGUGGAUCCAGACACGCAGCAUUGUGGAGUUUUGGUUUCUGAUGAAUGAUAUGUAGCAGAAUGGCACUUUCGUUUAUAAGGGACACUUUAAAAGGACUUCAGUUACAGUAUGUUGUUCAGAAGAAUUGAUGUAAUAACAAAGUGCCAGGAAGUGUUUUAGACAUUUAAAAUCCUGUUUUAAGAACAUAUUUAAGACUGAAGAAAACAGGACUUUCAAUGGCAUACAGUAUAUAAUAAUGUACAUAAUCCUGGAUGACUAACUAUCAUUGGUGGAAAAUAUCAAUACCAAACUGCUUCUAUUUUCUCUCUUCUGUUUGCUGAAAGCUGAAUCCUUAGCCUGUGCUAUGCAAUACUGAAUUUUUUUAGGCUGUAGUUCUCUAUCAAGUGUACCUAUAGGCUAAGCUUUUUUCUCUUUUUCUUUCUCUUUUUUUGCCUGAAAAUGUUUUCCUGAUUAUUAUUUUGUUAAUAUUCACUUUGUUGGGUUUUUUGUUUGUUUUUUUUUGUUUGUUUUAUAAGUGUACAGGAUGCCAGAAAAGUUGGCCUCAAAAUUGAAACUAUGAAAUAUUUUACAGUUUUCUUUGUAUAGAAUAUUGAGCUGCAGGCUCAAUGUUUAAAAAGUUCAUAAUUUUUUUGACUAAAUAUUUGUUGGGCAGUGCCUGAUAAGCUUCAAAGCUGCUUUAUUCAAUAAAAUAUAUGAACAUUACAAAGUAUCAUUGAGUCCAACAAUAUUGUUUCAAGAAUAUCUUUAGAAUACGGUACCAUGCUGUUUGCUUUGUAAAGGUUUUUGGACUUUAGUCUAGAUUGUCUUUGUGUCUGGAAGAAGAAAAACGUGUAUCCAUUUCUGAUGGUUACUGUAGAAAAACAAAUGAAAAAUUGGAUACUAGAAUAGUCCAUUUUAAUUUCAAAAUUAAUACAUGUAGAGUCUUCAUAGCAAGUAAAAUGUCAUCUUAACCUACCUUGGUAGACUUUUUGUUGGCAUGUCAAGGUACUUUUCUUUUCAUAUGAAGGAAGUUUCUCUAGAGUAUAUGUGUAAGAUUCCCAAGUUUAUGCAGAACAGCAAGCUAAUUAAGAGCAGGAAACCUUGCUUUUUAUAAAAACGUUUUUGGGCUUUCCAGAAUUAACAUUCUGUAGUUUUUCACAAAUUUAUGAACUGAAAGGUAUUUUCACCUUCAGGAAAAAAAAUAAAAUUUCAGGUACCAAAGAGUUGUAGGGUUUCUAUUCAGUGAAAAACAAAUUUCAGAGUCCCACUAACCAAAAGGAUGUAGAAUUAUUUUCUGUGGUGGCCUCCAAUUGUUUUCUCAUUAUUGUCCCUACCAACACACACAAACUUGUGCUGCUAUUUCACAUAUCAUAGAUUAACAAGGCAGUUGAUGGAUGUGGGGAAUCCUGAAGGUUUUUAGUCUAGCUGAAUAUCUGAGUCUGUUCUUCAGUUAAGAUGCAAGUAGAACAUCCAUUAUUACCUGAAAGAAUAGAGCCCACUGAGUUCUUUGAGUACUGACCCUGCUAGAAAACUGUCUCUUAAGAUGAAGUCUGUAUUUAGAAAUUUUUACUUUUAGGAAAUAUUAUAAGAAAAUUAGUUUAUCACCCAUGGUUUCUACAUUACCAUUCAUUUCUGAGGCUGUGAGGUUUUCAUUUUUAUUUUAUAAGCUUAUUGACUUUGCUUUUCUCUGGAAUUUUCUUACUUGAACCUAGUUUUUCAUGUCAGAGAGCAAAGUUCAACUGCCAUUAAUUUAUCAGAAAUCGUUCUUUCAAAACCAUGCUGAACAUUUUUUGUUUUCUUAUGUUUUUCUUGUGAUUUUUUUUUUUCUUUCUGAAGUCUGCAACUCAUCUCUUCUUCCCAGGCAGACUUCUCAAAG